AUUAGGUGUACCAUAACAAAACACAGAUAAAUAGCAGUUGCAAAGAGAAGAGGGGCAUGAGACACAUGGACAGGUGGAAAUAACUCACUGGUACAAGGCGUGUUUGACAGUAAAUCACAGUCUACAAUCCUAAAUACAGAUCAUACAGAUUUUGUCAUACACAUCAAGAUGAAGACACUGGCAUUGCUCUCACUGAGCUUGGCAGUGGCUCUGGGAAUUCCACCAUUUGCUCCAGGUGUGGCACAAAAUCCUGUUUUGACUGAAGAAGACCAGCGCCCUCUGCUGGGAGACUGGGUUCCUGAGCAGGGCCCUGUGGUGGUGGACGAUCCUCUGCCACAAGUCAGGCUAGGCUCCAAGGAGCAGCAGGAGCCAGUGGACAUGGAGCAGAGCCAGAGUAUGGUGGAACUAGAGGUUAAAGUGAAGCCAGAAGUUGGAGUGGAGAAAGUGGGUGAAGCAGAGCCAGAGGUUAAGAAGGAGCCAGCGUUCAAAGCAGAACCACAGGUUAAACCAGAGCCAGAGGUUAAGGUGGAGCAAGAGGGUAAAGAAAACCCAGAAGUUAAGGAUGAGCAGGAACUAAAAGCAGAGCCAGAGGUUAAGGUGGAGCAAGACGGUAUGGUGGAACUACAGAUUAAAGAAAACCCAGGAGUUAAGGUGGAGCAGGGGCUAAAAGCAGAGCCAGAGACUAAGGUGGAGCAAGAGGGUAAAGAAAACCCAGAAGUUAAGGAUGAGCAGGAACUAAAAGCAGAGCCAGAGGUUAAGGUGGAGCAAGACGGUAUGGUGGGACUAGAGAUUAAAGUAAAGCCAGAGGUUAAGGUGGAGCAGGAGCUAAAAGCAGAGCCAGAGGUUAAGGUGGAGCAAGAGGGUAAAGAAAACCCAGAAGUUAAGGAUGAACAGGAACUAAAAGCAGAGCCAGAGGUUAAGGUGGAGCCAGAGGUUAUGAUGGAGCCAGAAAUUAAGGUGGAUUUAGAGGCUAAUGUGGACCCAGAAGUUUUGGCUGAACCAGAGGUUAACGUGGAGCCAGAGCUCAAAGAUGACCAAGACUUUAAGGUGGAAUCAAAGGUUAAGGUGGAGCCAAAUGUUCAAGAGCCUGAAGUGAAGGCCCUGUUUAAUGAGGAGGAGGUUCAAGAGCAGUUUCAGGUGCAAAUGAACCUCGGGCCAGAGACUGAAACAGGUCGGGAGUUCGAAGAGAGGCACAUUGACAUGGAGAUGGUGGAUGAGCCAAUCAUGGAGCUGGAGCCACUGGAUGACGACAACAUGUUUGAAGAGGAACUGAGCAAUACGGAGCUGUCAGAGGUGGAAAAGUCUUUGAGGGCGGCAUUUCAGAAUCAAGAUCAACCUCUGCCAGAGGAGGAGGAGCUUAUGAGUGAGCAGGACUAUGUUUUAAAUAGAGAACCAAUCGUGGAACUGGAGCCUGAGACGAGGGAAGAGUCCUUUUUACAUCAACAGGUCAUGCAAAAUUCUGCAAUCAUGGAAGAAGGGCCAGCAUUUGACAUUAUGGGGCAGCAGAUGCCAUCUUUAGGGGAUUAUUUCCCAAAUGAAGAGGCUAGGAUGGGGAUGGAUCCUGGCAAACUGCAAGACUCUCUCACAGCAGAGGGGUCAGACUAUUUGAUGAUGGAGGAACCAGGGAGGGAGUUUGUCAGGGAGGAGGAGCUGUCUCCAGUCCUGGAAGACAAUCCUGUGCUUGAUGGAGGUGUUCAGACUGGUGUGGUGCCUCUAAGAGAAAAAAGGGAUUUGAUGAGGCAGGUAGAAGGAAGAUUAUCACCAAAACAAGACAAGCAAGGGUGGAGCUGUUCUUCUGGUGUGAUACUUGAGGGGAAGUGUUACCGGUUCUUCAAAGGGCCAAAGAGGGCUGCAGAUGCUGAAUUCUUCUGCCAAGAACAUUUCCCUGGUGGCCACCUGGCCUCCAUCACAAGCCAACACAUCCACAGAGAGGUGAUGAACAUGAUGCUGUGGCAAAACGGGGCAUAUACACGCACCUGGAUUGGAGGACUACGAUAUUUGGAUACUGGUCGCUUUGUCUGGUUGGAUGGAUCCCGCUGGGGCUAUGCUGAUUGGCUGUCAGGGGAGCCCAAUAACACAGCAGAUUUGGAGGACUGUGUGGAAGUGCUGGCACAUGGAAAUGGAAAGUUCAAUGACUUCACAUGCUGGGAACCUCAGGCUUUCAUCUGCUCUUAUACUUAUUAGUGAAUGUACAGUGAGCUCUUUUUGCAUAUGCUUCUUUGUCUGAUUUGACGUUGGAUGCAGAGUUUAUUGCUUUUUUCUUUAGCUAUACAGUAAAUCAUAUCUUGCAAAGCAAAUGCAUUGGCAGCACACAAUGACUUAAAGUUCCUGAAAACUUAUUUCCUCACUCAGCUACUUAUUAUGAGUAAUUGGAUCCAACAUUAACACACAACUUUCCACCAAAAUUAGAAAUGUUUUGGUUAUUUCACAUGAGAGAUUUCUGUAUUUCUGUUUCUCUUUGUGUUCUUCACUGGUUUGAAGUGGGCGGGCUUAGUUGGAAAAAGGUGAUGUCACACACUCCCGUGCUCCAAUCAGGAUUCAGCAGCAUGUGUAUCAGAAUCUGAUGACAGUUGGUGGUUUUGUUUUGUCAAUCAAAUCUGAACAAACCACAUCCACACAGUCCUGAUGAAACAGAUUAGCUGAGUUGUUGAGUGUUAAAAUUUUAAUAAAUAAUUCCUAGAGAUA